AUGCAAGAGCGAGCCAUAAGUAGUUUCACUUCCCUGCAAAGCCUAGCCCUGGCCCUGUGGCCUGAGCCCCAGGGCUGUAUUUCCGGAAACCCAGGGCCACACUCCCCAGGGUGGGAAGCAAACUGCAGGGCCACAAACCAGCAGAGCUCAAAGUCUGCAGGGGAAGUUGCAGGCAGGGACCGACCCCAGCAGUUCCCAAGCCUCUGGCUCCAGCCACCAGCAAUGUUUCCUGUGGCUACUGGCACUAGGGGCAGCAGCCAGGACCUGCUCACUGCUGGCCCAGCGCCUCCAGGAAAUGCAAAAGACAUCCUCCUGAUACAUGAAGAAGAUGCUGAAGAAUGGGCUCUGUACUUGCAAGAAAUAUUUGUACAUAUUGUAGAAAGGGAAGCAAUCCUGUUAUAUCCCUUGUGGUGUUACUCUUCUUCACAUUUGGAAUUGCUAAACUUACAUGCUUACAAAUGUAAACUCCUGAUAUUAUCUAAUAGUCUACUUAAAGACCUAACACCAAAGAGGUGCCAGUUUCUAGAGAAGAUACUUCACUCACCAGAGAGUGUAGUGACCCUGCUUUGUGGGAUGGAGAGUUCACAUUCCUUCUUUGAAUUGUUAAAUGCCCCCAGGAGCCGGUGGGAGAUCUCAGCAGAGCAAGGGCCUGAGGACUACAUCUCUGUUGUCAGACAAAUCUUAUACACAGGUACUGAAGACUACCUUGAGGUCGGCAUUCCAACAGAGCCAGAAGCAAAAUAUUCUGAGGAGACAAGUGGACAGGAGGAAGCUGAUGAUCAAGAAGCUUCUGGAGUAUCUGUGCCUCUGGCUCUGGUACUGCCUAAGGAAAUUCCAUGUGAGAAUCCUGGUGAGAUACUCAUUCUACUGAAAGAUGAACUGAUUGGUGAAACUCUGGAAGUUGAAUUUAUAUCCCAAAACAAACGCCUCAGAACACGGCCAGAACGUUGGAGUAAGAGUGUCUGGUGUAUGAAAGCCGCAGAUUUUCCGGCUGGUUCAGUCACUGUCAACAUCCACUGUGAUGGAAUCGUCAAGGCCACAACAGAAAUCAAAUACUGUUCAACAGUAAAAGCCACAGAAAGUCCAUUUAGAAUGCCAGACCCGGACAAGAGUUUAUACCAGAAAAGCAUCAAAGAGCUUGAUGGUGUUCUUGCAUCUAUAUUCAAACAUGAGAUACCAUAUUAUGAAUUCAAACCUCUCCAACCUGAAACUUACCCUCAAAAAGAAUAUGCUCACACCAGAGAACUCCCAACACUCCUCCACUGCGCAGCGAAGUUUGGCUUAAUGAAUCUGGCUCUUCAUCUGCUGCAGUGUUCAGGGGCAACAUGGGCAGUCAGGAUGAAGAGUAAGGAUGGUUCUGACCUGCUGCAUAUUGCUGAGCAGCAUGGUCAUGAAGAACUCAGGAAAAUCUUUGAAGAGUUCAUGAUCCAAAACUUUAACAGAAAUAAUGAACAAGAAAAUGACUAUGAAGACGAUGUUACCUCAUUGUCUACAUAUCCACCCUCUGCACAGUCCCCAGCUUUUCAUCAUGAACUCAGGAAGACACACAGCUGGAGCACAGACAGAUGUGAAGAACCUGAUAGGGCUGGGGACACAAAAGAGGAAGAACCGAGUGCUGAGGCAGGAGCCAGCCUGCAGGAGGUCGGUGGUGACAGCUCUGAGAACCAGUAUGACGAUUUGUAUGUGUUCAUUCCUGGAAUUGAUGCAGAAUGCAAUGCACAAGAGCCUCUCCCAUACUGCAGACCACCUCUGCCCCCACCCAGACCAGGGACUGCUGCCUCCCAGCUAGAACGGCCUCACCUCACCUCACAAGCAGGGAAAAUGAUGGAAGACCAAGUGGGAAGAAGUCAAAACUGGAGUGAUCUCGGUGAAAGACAGGAGACAAGAGAGGAACCCGGCAAAGAAGAAAGAAGAGAGGGUGGAGCGCAGAAAGCGGAGGGGGAGGAAGAAAACCCGUACACAUUUGCUGAGACUGACGACAAUGAGUACGAUCUGAUACUGGCCAGUAAGAGUGUAAAGAAAAGAACUGGAAAUCGCUCUUUCAUUAUAAACAGACCUCCCGCUCCCACCCCCCGGCCCACCCCUGGCCCUUUCAAAGAAGAAACCACACCUUACAUAGCUCAAGUGUUUCAACAAAAAGCAGCCAGAAGACAAUCUGAUGAUGAUAAGUUCUACAGUCUCCCCAAGAAACCAGACAAAGCUCGAACGGAGGGUCCAACCUUCUCUAGUGCAAAGGGUUAUGUGACCACUGGGCAGGAAGAACUGAUCCUUGGGCAGGAAGAACUGAUCCUCCUGCAGGAAAAAGUCAAGAAUGGGAAAAUGUCUAUGGAUGAAGCUCUAGAGAAAUUUAAACGUUGGCAGUUGGGAAAGAGUAGUCUGGAAAUGAUUCAACAGGAAAAAAUACGCCAGCUUAGAGACAGCAUUGUUGGAAAAAGGCCAGAAGAUGAAAAUGCCUAUGAUAAACUCACCAUUGUGCACCAUCCAAGUGGUAAUACUGCCCACAAUGAAAAUAUAUUGCACAGUAGUCUCUUUAACAAUAAGUUUCCUGCUCGACUCCAAGUUGAAAAGGAAUUUGGUUUCUUCUGUAAGAAAGAUCAUUAAAGAAGAUUAUCGUAAUUAAACUCAAGAAUCACCAAACAUUUUGAAAUAUAAGCCUGCCUGUGGAGUUUCUGAUCUCUAGGACUAAUCCACAUGUAGAAGAACACAAAGUGUAACUUUGGAUCCCAGAAUGUAUUGGUAUCAUACACAACUCAUUGGUAUUAUAUUGCUUCAAGUGGACAUAUCAAAAGAUGGAAAUAGAUAAUCAUUCUCUGAAAAUCCACUUACUUUGCCACUGAAGCAGCUAAUUUUCACAUCUUGAAAAUUAAAGAAAUCAACAAAGUUAAAUGCAACCUAGCAAAAUUAUGGAACAAAACUACAUAGAUUAUUCUUUCUACUCUUUGUCUCCUUCAAAUAAAAACUAAUUUCAUAUUUGCUUUGUAAAUGACAGUCUUCUGUCCUUUAUCACAUUUACAGCCAUAAUGCUCUUGUUACAUCAUGUUUCCAGAUAGCUUCUUUUAUUUAGUGCCUAUUUGUUUAUACCUUUGAAAUGUAUUUUUAGUUACAUUUUCUUUAGUUGGUGGUAUCUUGUUUUUCAGUGCUAACAAGGACUCUGCCCUCUACAUUGUUUUCUGAAGUCAUAUUAAUGUUGCCAAUUGAUGGUGUGUACCUCACCUUGAUAUUUCAAACAUGCAUCACACAUUGAUUGCAUUCAUCCUGCCCUUUUCUAGAAGGCCAUUUCCCCAUGCCUCCCUGUACCUGAGUCCUUACUAAAUGUCCUUCCCUCAAAUUAAAAUAUAUUUUUACAA